GCGGGUAUUAUAAGGAUUAGCUUCGGCCUAGGUAAGGAAAUCGUCGCCCUAGGUACGGUAGAAGUAGAGACGUACUUCGGAACGAUAACUUUCUAUAUUUUACCUAUUAAUACCCCAUUUCUCUUAUGUCUAAAAGACAUAGAUCGACUAGGUAUUUUAUUUAAUAAUACGAAGAACAGAAUCUCUAACAAUAAGCACUUCGAGAUAGUUAAACGACGAUAG